AUGCACGACCAGAACGUGGGGGGUUGUGUUGUCCACCCGCUGCACCUCCCUUCCCUCUCUGUCACCAUCCGUCGCCCCUUCUUCCCCUCCUCUGUUUGGGGGAAUAAUUACCAUAUGCUCCCCUUUCAACCCCCGUUCCAAUUUUCCCCCUCCCCAGUCCCCUGGCUUUUUCCUUUCUUGCAGGAGCUGGGAGGAGCGGGGUUUAUCCCACUGGACACUGUUUGUAUCCGCAUACUACCUCCCUUCCCCAACCCAGCAUGCAUGAAGAUUGGUUUUGAGGCGUCUCAAAACCAGUCUUCAUACACGUGGCUGGGAGGAGCGAGGAUCAUCCCACUGGACACUGUUUGUAUCCGCAUACUACCUCCCUUCCCCAACCCAGCAUGCAUGAAGAUUGGUUUUGAGGCGUCUCAAAACCAGUCUUCAUACACGUGGCUGGGAGGAGCGAGGAUCAUCCCACUGGACACUGUUUGCAUAGUACCGCAUACAUCUUCCCUGUUCCCCUUCUCACUGUGUGCUCGCCUGCAGGAGCUGGGAGCAGUAGGAUUCAUCCCACUGGUCACGGAGCGGUCAGGGGGGAAGGGAGAGGGGCGGGUGGACAGAUGGGAGCGAGUGGCGCUGGCUGCUGCCAAGCAGAGUGAGUGCAUGGGAAGGGGAGAGAGGGUGUGGGUGUGUGCAUGCAUGACCUGGGAGCAUUGCUGCAGUGGCGUUCAUUCCGCUGGUCACGGAGCGUCCAUCCAUCCUUUCGACUUCCAACUUGACUCAACAGUCCUCUCGCUUCUCUCCACUUUCUCGCCUCUCUCCAUUUCCUUGUCUCUCCCCUCAGGCCAGUCCAUCCAUCGACCUUGCAUCCACGACUUCAUCUCUCUCAACGACCUCACAAAGCAGGUAUGUGAUCGCCUCUCUCCCUUCUGCUCUCCCUUCUGCGCCUCUCUCCCUUCUGCGCCUCUCUCCCUUCUGCGCCUCUCUCCCUUCUGCGCCUCUCUCCCUUCUGCGCCUCUCUCCCUUCUGCGCCUCUCUCCCUUCUGCGCCUCUCUCCCUUCUGCUCCUCUCUCUCUUCUGCUCCUCUCUCCCCAGGCCCAUUCGGCUCUGCUGGGAGUGCCCGACUUAUUACCCCUGCUCACCAUCCUUGAGAAAAUCACCAGCUCCUUCUCACCGCAUUCCACUCCUACCUCGUCCCUGUCCUUCCUCCCUGUGUAUCCAGCAGGCCCCUUUGGCUGUUUUGGGAGCACCCAAUGCUUUGCCACUGCUGGCAGCAGUUGGAUGAUGGAUUCGUUUAAAGAGCCGCGCCAACUCCUCCUCGCCGCAUCCCACCCACUCUUGUCUACCUCUUCCUUGUUUCUCCUGCCUUCCCCUGCAGAUUCAGCAGGCCCCUUUCGCUCUGCUGGGAGCGCCCAACUCGCCUCCCCUGCUGGCAGCAGUCAGGGCGAAGGAUCUUUUGAAAAAUCACCAACCCCUUUCCACUGCAUCCCACUCCUACUUCCCCUGCAGAUUCAGCAGGCCCCUUUCGCUCUGCUGGGAGCGCCCAACUCGCCUCCCCUGCUGGCAGCAGUCGGGGCGAUGGAUCCUUCUUUGCUGCAAAAGGGCGGGCUGCUUAUAGUGGGGCCUGAAGGAGGUGAGAUGCGAGUUUCGUUUGAGAUGCCUGCCCGACUGUUCUCCACCCGCCCGACUGUUCUCCACCACCCGCAACCACGCUCCACCCCCACGUUGCAACUAUUGGGGCUGAGGGCAGCAGCAGGGUCACGGGCAGUCCACUCCGCGGGUGGAAGGAACCAAUGGGUUGCAAGUAUUGGCCAAUCGAACCCCAUUUAG